CCACCGCCGGGAGAACGGCUCUAACAAAUCAGUCCGUGCCUGUGAAGCAGUACUGCGGAUCGCGACUGUCAGCUCACUCAUGCUGCGCACACGAUCUCUGGCUGCUGACUCCUGUAUCUAGGGGCACUCUCGUGCGAUACUGCCCGUGGGAAUAUAUAUAUACACACCGCAAAGAUGUCACGGCAUCACAGGACGCCGCUGAAAAACGAGGAGAGCGUGGUGGAGGUGAAGAGCAAAUUUGAGGCGGAGUACCGAAGGUUUGCCCUGAAGAAGAACGGAGCUGGGGGCUUCCAAGAAUUCUACCAACUGCUGCAGACCAUUCACCGGAUCCCCGGAGUGGACGUGCUGCUGGGAUAUGCCGACAUCCAUGGAGAUUUACUUCCCAUCAACAAUGAUGACAACUUCCACAAAGCACUGUCUUCGGCCAAUCCGCUGCUUCGGAUUAUCAUUCAAAGGAGAGAUGUAGAUGACUCCGUGCCCUUCCCAACAGGCUCUCUUCAGAGAAGGAAAAAGGGCCUAGCUGGUCUACAUCAACCAAAGCAGAAGUCCAAACCAGCGCUGCUCAUCGGCCUUCCGCAGGAUUUCCGGCAGAUCUCUUCUAUCAUAGAUGUGGACAUCUUACCCGAGACACAUCUCCGUGUCCGUCUGCACAAGCACGGCACCAACAAACCCCUCGGCUUUUACAUCCGAGACGGCGUCAGCGUCCGCGUCACUCCCCAAGGGGUAGAGAAAGUUCCCGGGGUCUUCAUCUCCCGCCUCGUAAAAGGCGGUUUAGCAGAGAGCACAGGAUUGCUGGGAGUCAACGACGAGAUUCUUGAGGUGAACGGUAUUGAUGUGGCAGGUAAAUCACUGGACCAGGUCACCGACAUGAUGGUGGCAAACAGCCACAACCUCAUCGUGACAGUGAAACCCGCCAAUCAGCGAAAUAGCACGAUGCACCGUGCGAGUAAAACGUCUGCUGGCAACAGUUCUGCUGGCUCGGGAGGCUCCGCCCUCUCACAUGACUCCGCCCCCAGCCCCGCCUCACAGAACGCCAGCCAAUACAGCAACAGCAACAGUGUGGCUGAGGGCGACAGUGACGAUGAUACGGACCUCAUCCUCGAGAACGACAACUUGUCGACGUACAUGCCACACCGUAUGACUAAUGGCAACGGCAGCCACGCUAACGCCCUGUCGUCGGGUGCAUUUGCACACAGGCCCCUCCCACAAAGUGUUUCCUUGCCCAGUAGCAGCUCUUUAAGCUCCCUGACCACACCCACACACAACGGCAGCCCCACCAAGACGAGCAGUAGCCAAGAAAGCAUGAGAGAGGAUGGCAACUUCAUUACGUUGUGAGCUUUUAUGCACAUUUAUAAGAAAUUGUUAUAUCAUCAACUAUUAUGUCUCAGCCAUUACUAUCACAAACAACAACCUAUUCACAAUCUUCCCCAAUGAAUUGAGGACCCUCGGCCACAUGGGUUGCACAAUCUAGCCCGUGUGUGGGGGCAUGUGGCUGUCACUGUAUGGAAGUGCCUUAUGGCUCUCCACUCCUCUCGCCUUAGUUAUUUUUUCUUCUUUUGGGACAAAUCAACCAUAUCCAUCUCUAUUGACUCAGAAGUGUGCUAGCUACUACUGGGGUGCCUGAUAUUAACACUUGCACCUCUGAGGACGUGAGAGACAAACAAAUCGCCUCUGCGGAAAUGAUGCGUGUCAUGUUUUGGAUUCAUUCUCACUUUUUAUGAUGCCUCUUGCGUCGAUGAUGAUGGUAAUGAUGAUGAGGAGGAGGUGGAGGAAAAUAUAAGUGUUAAACCGGAUCUGAUGUUGAUUAUGCUUGUUUGCUCAUCUCAUCUCAUUCUGAUGCUGAUCGUAGUUUCUCAAACUCCAAAUGUCUACCAAAUGUGCUCUACAUGAUGAUUUUAAAGUGUUAUUUCUAAUCAAGUCAUCAAUUCAAAGCAUUUAUUAAUCACUUCUUGAGAUAGGAAGUCUAGCGUUAAGAUCAUUCCCAUUCCCAUAUGAAAACAUUUAAAGAUAUUUUUACUCUAUUCUGUCACUCUAUUGUAUAAAAGCCAUUUUAACUCCCAAGUUGGCUUAAUUUUCACAUUCAUUAUCUCUGGUGUCAAAAAAGCAAGGAAAUGGAAACCCCUUUUUGGGAUCCUCUUGUGUCUAAUGUUGCAUUAAAAGUUUAUUCAUCCAAAAAUAAAACUUCUUGGAAAUUUACUCAACAACCUCAUGUUGUUCCAAACCGGUUUGGCUUUCUGUCUUCUGUGGAACACAAAAGAAGAUAUUUUGAAGAAAAACACAGAUACUUUUCUCAAAAUGUCAUCUUGUAUGUUCUACAGAGGAAAAAAGUUAAACCGGUUUGGAACAACAUGAGGGAAGUUGAUAAAAUGGUUUGAAUUUUGGGUUUUAUUGUUUAAAAAACAUUCUGGCACAGGUUCUUUCUUGUUGAAGGAGGUCAACCCGUUUUUCCCUCUUUGUUUUUAGUUUUUCUCCCCCUCCGGAAAAAUAGGAAUCUAUAUACUUAACUGGCACCAGUGCGGCAUAACUUCAGAAAGACUCGACCUCUCAUUGACUCGGUCUGUCCAUUCUCCUGUGUGCUCAGUUUUUCUGUAAAGAGCAAAAAAAGGAAAUUCCUUUCAUGUUUGGAAAGGCCAGAAUUCUGCACAUUGGGACCUUUUUCACACAGUCCACUCCUAAUGGCCAAAGCUGCGAGGCUUUCUUAGCCAUGGUGAGUGUGUGCAUGUGUGUGUUCGCUCUUAUUUUUAAAGUAUAAUCUUACAGAAACGGCACUGAGGUGGACACUGUCAGUCAUGGAGCCAAAUAUUGGUUUCUCUAAUGUCCAACAGACCCUAGCGCUGUUUUCAGGCAACGAGUUCCCAGGUGAACACUUGUUUAGACUGUGGAGAUACCGGCCUCGGGACGUCCUGCGCUUCAAAGGCUAUCUAUCAAACCAUGAUGGAGAAAGGAUGGUGAAAUGCAUAAAACAUCUCAGCGCUUUUCCCACCUCUACUGAUGAGCUAAUUCUCCAUCGUGACAUUUUUGGGAAGAAAUGAAGAUGUUACUAAUAUAUGUGACCCUGGACCACAUAACCAGUCAUAAUGUUGCACGGGUAUAUUUGUAGCAGUAGCCAACAAUACAUUGUAUGGGUCAAAAUGAUCCAUUUUUUCUUUUAUGCCAAAAAUCAUUAGGCUAUUAAGUAAAGAUCAUGUUCCAUGAAGAUAUUUUGUAAAUUUCCUACUGUAAAUAUAUAAAAACUUAAUUUUUGAUUAGUAAUAUGCAUAGCUAAGAACUUCAUUUGGACAACUUUAAAGGCGAUUUUCUCAAUAUUUAUAGAUUUUUUUUUUUUGUUGCACUCUCAGAUUCCAGAUUUUCAAAUAGUUGUAUCUCAGGCAAAUAUAGUCCUAUCCUAACAAACCAUACAUCAGCAGAAAGCUUAUUUCAAGAAACUGAUCCUUAUGAAUGAUUUUGUGGUCCAGGGUCACAUAUUUAUUUAUUUUUAAUCAUUCCAAAUGUUUUAAAGGACAUCUUGAGUUUUAUAUUUUCAGUUAGAAGCAGGUACCAGUAAAACUGAAUCAGGAAGCCAGUCUUUUCGUGUCAUAAAUGAUGGGCGUGAUUUAUGAAGGUGUAUCCUCAUCUGCUCAGCAUUAUCUGGUUUAACUCGAUCAGCAAAACAAAUGAGGUGUAACUUCACCACAAAACUGACAUUUAUCAAGGUAGCCUUGAGUUUAUUUGAACAGAUCUAGACGUAACAUCUGCUCAACUGACACUCAGUGACUCAUUGCCUCGGGUUUUCACAGGAGACAGCGAGGACAAAUGAAACCAGAGGAUGAUUUGAAACGAAUAGCAAGAGACAUCUGCGUGAACUGUCACUUUGUUUUGUUAUCUAUAUUUAAUUUAAUAGGUUACUCUAUGAAGAGAGCGCUGGAUUUGAAAGAGAAAGAGAUGGCAUGUAAAAUACAUAGAACAGCACACAACGAGCACCGAUAAUACCACAUGAGCAUUAUUUUUUUUGUGUAUGUCAAUGUAUAUGUAUAAAUAGAAAUAUGAAAUGACACUUUUGUACACUAGGAGCCCUUUUUAUAAAAAAGAGCAUUUUAUAUGUGUGUAAAAUAUGGAAAGUAUUUUUCUUAUUCUUGUACUUUUGUAUGUAUAUUAGAAUUCUGGAGAGGAGGUUUCUAUUUCUUUUGAGUAUCACAAACAAAACUAAAAUCUUUUAGAUGCUUGUGUUUUUAUUAUAAUCAGAUGGGUCAAGGUGUACAAUACUGUGAAUGUUAUAAGCUGAUUAUAAAAUGUUCUAUUAAGAUAAUAAAAGUAUUUAAAAUUUA